AACUAUUCCUGCCAAUGCCUGUCCGGUUACACUGGUUACAACUGCACCAUAGAUUUCGAUGAGUGCCAAUCUUCUCCUUGUAUUAAUGGUUCUUGCUUAGAUAGGGUAAAUGGCUUCAACUGCAGUUGCCAGAGUGGUUUUUCUGGGGAUCGGUGUGAAGAAAACAUUGAUGAUUGCACCCCCGUCUGGAUGCGGAAAUGGAACGUGCAUAGAUCUUGUUGACAAUUACACCUGUCAAUGUAAUGUUGGGUUCGCUGGCCAACAUUGUGAAGUAAUCGUUCGCAACUGUAGCAAUGAUUCAUGCUUCCAAGGAGUACUUUGUAUUCAGAAAACAUACACAAUUUCCUGCGGACCUUGUCCAAAUGGAUUUACUGGUGACGGAAAAACAUGCAUAGACAUAGAUGACUGCAUGAAUCAUCGAUGCAGCAACAGUGGAUCCUGUGUCGAUGGUCUUAAUAACUAUACUUGUAAUUGCUUGGAAGGAUACACUGGAAAUCACUGCGAGAUUGACAUCGACAGAUGCGUGAACCACACCUGUCUUAACGGUGCAUCAUGUAUAGAUGGUAUCAACAACUACACAUGUAACUGUGCACCAGGGUUUACUGGGGAUCUCUGUGGUACAAACAUCGACGACUGCGUGAAUCACACUUGUAAUGUUAUCAGUGGUUCCUGCAAGGAUGGCCAGAAUAGCUACUCGUGUAUCUGCCUGGUUGGUUUCACUGGAGAUCACUGUGAGACAGAUAUAGAUGAUUGCGUUAACCACACGUGUGCUAAUGGAGCGACGUGUGUGGAUGGCACAAAUAACUUUUCAUGCAAUUGCCUACCUGGCUAUUCUGGUGAACGGUGUGAGACUGCUAUCACUAUGCAUUCGACACAUGUGAGCACGCUUAACCCCUAUGUGACUACAAUGGGCUUGAGCUCUACGUCAGCGAAAAGUGGUUUGUAUUCUACGCAUGUGGUUAUCGACACAAUUACAGAAUCCAGUAAAUUAAAUCCAAUACGCACAACAUCUGCAAUUAAAGAAUCCAUCGUGUCGUCUUUAGUAGUCAGAGACAUGCCCACAACUGAGACCUCUCCUACUACUGUAACUCCAUCUCAGCCGAAAAAGUCAGAAAACCAGGAAACGGUGUUUGUAGUUGAAAUACGUAUAGAGAAGAUAUGGAAUGAAGACCUAAAGGAUACAACUAGUUCAGCAUUUAACGAAUUAGCCUCCGUCAUUGAAACUGAGGUAAAGAAACAGUAUUCUAGAGUAAAGAACUUUAUUGGAGUAAAAAUCAUAGCAUUCAGGCCUGGAAGUAUUGUUGCUGAAUUUAAGCUGCUAUUCAACCAGAAAGUGUCCGAUGACACAGCAGUAGCUCCUUUGAAAACAGCCGUGAAGGAGGGCAGCCUCGGUCCAUUGAUUGUCAUCCCUGACUCCGUAAAAAUAAAGAUGGAACAUGAAGAUCCAACGAAUGAUGCAAAAGAAAAGCUUCAUUACCCAAUCAUCAUUGGGGCUUCCUGUGGCGGGAUUUUUGUCAUCGCACUCGUCAGCAUUUGUCUCGUCCGCCACUGUCAGCGUCAAAAGAGACUUCAACGCCGGCGCGUUUCAAGCGGUAUGCCUUCUGAAGUUCCUUUCCCUAAUCAGGAGAAAUACGAGCUAAAAGAAACGCGUUCUAAGGAAGACAUAGUCAGUUUCGAGGAGCUAGGUCUCUGGAAAGCCACUGGUAAUAACGAGAAGUCCAAGGGAGGAGCUCGUUACCAAGAAGUAGGCAUCGCCAAUAUGGCUUCUGAUAACUACGAUCAGGAAAUUGGAACGACAAGCGACCCCGAGCGCUACCAGGAGAUUGGCAUCGUUAAGAAAGCUGGAAAGUAUUAAACGCCACAAGCAGCUUAUUUUACAACUCGCUCUUGUACGCGCAGCAAGCCUUUUAAAUUUUUUUUUAUUUUUUCAUCGUAGCCCUUAAAACGACACAAGAGCUAGGCUUAAUAUGUAUUUGCCGUCGUAUUUGAAGUGUAAUGCUAUUUGAUUUUUCAGUCAGCAAUUCGAAGCUUUCCACGUUUGUAUAACUCCUUUUUAGGCGAACAGCCUUCAUUUUAUGUAGCUGAGCUGCAAAAAAAAACGAACAAAAAACAAAAAAAAACAAAAAGACAAAAAAACAAACAAAAAAAAAACAAACCAAAAAAAAAAACCAAAAAAAAAAAUCCUGUCAAUUGUAGCGGAGUCCAUUUUCUUGUUUUUAACAACCCUGCCAUAGAAGUGUGCACUUUUGUACUAAAACAUAGAGCAGGUAUUAGAAGGAAUCCAUUUUAUCCUUUCUACCACUACAUAGACUUCGGGAAGCUGUAAAAUAGACCUGUUCCUUUUCGACGGUUUACGCAAAGCACCUUUAAUUGUCGCUUCGUAGGUUUGAUCAUACUGAGGAUAAUUACUAUUAUUUUUUACGCUGGAGAAACGAGCUAGAAAUUAAAAAUUACUCGAAGCAGGGCUGAGUCGGAAGUGACUGAGUUAAAUGACGAGCUCAGAAUUCCGCACUCCAGGCUAUAGCCAGUGAGUAUCAUCCAAACAAUGCUUGCUUUGCUUUUGUUAUUGUAUAACCUUUCAGUCGUUAAACCUUCGUGUUUUGAAGACUGUUUUUAUGCUGAAUAAAAUGACAUAUUCUGUUA